AAUAAUAACAAUGUUAUAAUAUUUACCUAAUUAUUAAUAAUAACAUAAAAAUGUAUUAUUAUUAAACACGUUAAUUAAUAUAUAUUUAUUUUAUUUAAAUAUAUACACUACAUUAAUAUAUAGUUUAUAUAAUCGUACAGAUAUUCAACACGUGUUCGCAUUUAUACAUUUUUUAUAAAUAAUGAGUUCUAAACAGUCAAAAUCAUUAAAUUUAACAAUAAAAGACAGGAAUACUGAUUAUUUAAAAAUCGUUAAAAAAGAGUCAGUGGAUUUCCAUUAUAUUAUUCAUGAAAGUACAUGUUCAAUAUCAGAACAAAGAUUUCCAAUUUCUUCACUGAAACGAAGUCAUCCAUCACGUAGAUCUAAAUUAUUGCCAAUAAUUAAGAAAAAAUCAGAUAAAAGUUUUAAUUCUUUUCAAGUACCAGAUAAUUAUGGAUGGUAUAAAGUAACUGUACCAUUUGGUCAUAAAUAUGGCAAAAGAUUUAUAAUUUACAAUCUUUUGAAACAUAUUUUUCCUUAUAAUUUUAUUCCUGUUAUGUAUAGAGAAACUAGAGAUCAAUCAAUUUUUUAUGUAGAUGAAGAAGAAAUAGCUAACAAAUUGGCUGCGUUAAAUGAAAAAAUAAAAACAUCAGAUAAUUACAGAAUCAAGUUAAACAUAGAAAAGGGAUUUCCUGAACAUGGUAUCGAAAAAUUUUCCAGAAGGUUGAUAAAAAUAGAUGAUACUUUGAGUAAAAAAUUAAAGUACGUUGCAUCAAAACGACUGUGUGGGAAAACCAAGACACUUGACUUGUCACAUUUUCACUGCGAUCCAUAUCUAGCUGACGAUUAUUUCUGUGCUCUAUUUAUACCAAAUAUAUUCUCAACAAUAAUGAAAUUUGUUUUUGAUUAUAUGCCCGAUUUGAGAGUAUUGGACCUCAGAAAAAAUAACCUGCGGCUCUCUUCGACUCUAGCUACAGUUAUUUUAAGAUUUUCACAUUUGAAAAUAAUUUAUUUGAAUGAUAAUUUGAUUAAAAAUUUAAAUGGCCUUAGUUUACUAAAAAAUUUGAAGUUAGAAGAAUUAUAUCUUUGUGGAAAUCCUCUUCGUGGCAAUAAUGUUCAAAAUAAAAAAGAAUAUUUCGAAUAUAUACGGAUGAUGUUUCCUUCACUAUUAGUACUGGAUGGUUUCAAAGUGUCGAAACCAAUUGUUAUCGACUUAGAAAUGGAAGAGGAGGAAGAACGAAAUUUGCCAAUGUCAUUAAAAAAUUUUUAUUCUCAUGUGGAGGUACAAAAAAUAGCUGGGCAGUUUAUUAAAAAAUAUUUCGCUAUUUUUGACAGCGACUCUCGUGAGCCACUGCUCAGUUUAUAUCACAAAUUAGCAUUCUUCAGUAUGACUGUUAGUUCAGCCACACCGACGUCUCAUGAAUCGAGAAAUAUCGAAGAGUACGUUCAGUUUCAUCGAAAUUUGAUAACAAUGAAAGUAGCAGAUCAACGAAUAAAUUUAUUAAAGCAAGGGAGAUUACCCAUUGUUACUUUGAUAUCACUUCUGCCAGAAACAUAUCAUUAUUUAAAUAGUUUUUCAACCGAUGUUAUGUUACAAACAGAUGGGACAAUGAUGAUCUGUAUCAGUGGUUGCUUCAAAGAAUUAAAUACCAAUGGAAAAUUAAUGUUUUACUUCAACCGUACAUUUAUUAUCAAGUUGGAAGCUGAUGAUUGCAUGAUUAUAAAUGAUCAACUUUAUUUGUCUUACCCAACACCAAAGCAGAAAGAGCAGGCUCUUGAUAACUUUGGUGUUAUAGAGAGCAAGCUUUUGAUAACACCAAAGCAGGAAGCGCAAGAUCUUAAAAAUUUUUCUAUUGUCCGAUCAUCAGCACCAUCACCAACAUCAUCAACAGCAGUGACAUCAAAUCCUUUACCUCCUUCAACACCUAUAUCAUCACUAAUAACUCCACCACCGACACCAGUUUUAUUGACAGCUAACACUGAUCCUGUUAAUUCUACGUCUAGUUCAGAAAUCUUCACUGAACCAACAAUUAAAAGCGAACCUUUAUCUCCACCACCACCAACAACUCCUGAGCUAGAAUUAACUUAUGAUAUUUUUAAAGAAAAACUAACUAGUCUCGGAGGAAUUAUACGCAAUUGUUUGUCAGCAAUUGAUGGAUUUUUAAAUGAUGAAGAAAUUAAAAAAAAGUUUGAUUAAUCAUUUUGAAUUUCUUUAAACAGUUAUCAGUAAUUAGAAAAGUUAUUGUUAUUACUUGCUAAAAAUAUAUGAAUAACUGUCUGUGAAAUUUCUAUUAUUUUAGUUCUUAAUAUAAUUAAAAAAAAAAAAAGUACUUUUAAAAAAACCGUCUGUGACGAACUAUUUUUAAAAAAGCUGUAAAUAAGUCUAAAUAUUUACAUUUUUACAGCUAAAGUUUUUUUUUAUCGGAUAAAAAAAUUAUAAUAAUUAUUUCUUACUUUUUUUUUCUUCUUUUUACCAUUAAAAUAUAUCAACAAUCCGCUGUCCAUAAAUUGGAUCUCUUGAAAAACAGAUUAUUUCUCUGAUCCCAGUUUUGAAGUGUAACGUUACAACUCUUACGAUGAUUUAACGAAAAUUUCUUCUCAUUACUAUAAAACUAAAUAAAAAUUCUAAAUUACCAGCUCCAAACAAAUUAUUAUGGUAUGCAUUUAUUACUCAUAAAAUCACCAUAAAAGUACUAAAAGAAAGUAACAGAAUGUAUAUUAUGUAAAUAAACAAAAAAAAAAAAAUCCCAACGAAAACAGGGGCGUUAUGAACUAAAUCAUUGCGGGAUGUUAUGUCACAUAGAACGAGGGUAACGCAAGAAGUGUAGUGUUGUGUAGGAGAUGACAUGCGGGCGGAAUUGACGGCGAUAACAAAACGUGUCGUCAACGAGCUAAAGAGAACAAAACACACGAGUACUAAACUACUGUGCUGGGGGCAGUGGCGUGUAGGACGCCGAUGAUGACAUAAUUGGUAUCAUUCGGGGUCUUCUUUUGAACCCCAAUAAUUUUCAAUGAAUAAGUGUAAAGAUCUUUUAUUUCAUCUUGUACUGCCUUGCUAUCGUUCACUUACCCUUCAUCUGCCCACAUAUCCUCAAUUAUUACUCGUUUUAUUUUUUAUCUCUUUAUUUCUAUCAUUUUUUUUUUUUUUCAAUUAUCCAAUUAAAUCAUAUUAAGCUUCAAUUUCUUUUUUUAUCAAUCACAAGUAUAAAAAUCAAAAUAUAUUUAUUACAUUAAUUUAUAUAUUGUUCCAACUUGUAAUUAAAACUAAAUUUAAAAAAAAAAAGUAAAUAAAAAUUACAAGACAUCCAGCAAAAAAAUAUAUUUUUAU